UCGAUGUUUGAGGAAGCAGUGGUUUUGCAACUGUUGUGCGCUUGUUAUUCAAGCAUAUUUUCCGACGACUAACCUAUAAACUGUGGUUACAAGAUUUUUUAAGUUUAUCGAGACAGUUUCCACUCGGUGUAAGCGAAGACAGAAAAUGGCCAACGUCGACCUCACUCAGGUUGGAAAGAACUUCGUGAAGAGCGCUGAAACCAGAGAGAGUGUGGAGCUCAGGUCUCUGUGGCAGGACCAGCCUGUGGUCUUGUUCUUCCUGCGCAGGUUUGGCUGUCAGGUGUGCAGGUGGAUGGCAUCAGAGAUCAGCAAACUGGAGCCAGACCUUAGAGCCAGUGGUGUAGCGCUGGUGGGCAUUGGACCAGAGGAGGUUGGGCUUAAGGAGUUCAAGGAAAGCGGGUUUUUUAAAGGAUCCAUUUAUGUGGAUGAACAAAAGAAAAGCUACAAGGAUUUGGGCUUCAAAAGGUACACAGCCUUAAGUGUGGUUCCUGCUGCUUUGGGGAAGAAAGUACGAGAUAUAACGUCAAAGGCCAGUGCUGAAGGAAUCCAGGGAAACUUCUCAGGAGAUCUGAUGCAGAGCGGAGGCAUGCUGAUUGUAGCAAAAGGUGGAGAAAAGGUUUUACUACACUUCAUCCAGGACUCACCUGGAGACCAUGUUCCUCUGGAGGAUAUUUCCAAGUCUUUGGGUAUCGCAGCCAAAGUAACGUCAGGACAGAGGCCAGUGUGCAAUGACGAUGUUUGUACACGAUGACCACACCUCAUACCUGAACAACACACAACACUUUGGGAGACUGAAAUGGAGAUUUAACGAGUGGAACGUCAUUAAAUUGUUGAAGUGAACAUAAAACUAUUGCCAAUAUUCCUAAUUGCUUGUAAUUUCUUUGUGACAGUCAUAUAUUAUCUAAAGUGAAAGUUGCGGUGAUUGUGACAUUUUUUAAUUGUAAUGAAUUUCAUUAAUUUUAAACUUAACUUACCUCACACUAACAUACUGAUCACUGAUUAUUAAUUUUUUUUUUUUUAUAUAUACUGGAAAUUUAUGAAGUUGCAUUUAUUACACUCAGUUUACAAAAUAAGAUGAUUUCUUUAUGUAUCUAAUUGUAAUAAGUGUAAAAGUGUAAAACUGAUGUGAUGUUUGCUGUAAAUAUGAAUUAUUAGUUAACUUAAAAUAAAGCAAGCUUAGUGCUACUAGUUCAUCAUUGCAGGUUGAGUUAAUAUAAUUUUGCAAUUUCAUGCCCUUAUGCAAAUAAAUCUUAACUCUUAUUUUAAGUGUAAUUGUUUCCAUAUGUGACAUGAGAGUUUAAAUAAAUGUAAGGAGGGAUCUAA